CAAAUCUGCACACUCAUGAGCGCAGCCUGUUGUAGCGACUAGCAAUUACAGAAUUUUUAGUAGCGUUUUCGCAGUUUAAUAAUGAUGAAAGAAGUUAAAAAUUCAAAUCGUCCAAAAUAUGGAGGUGGACCGCAUAAUUUAGGAGAUCCAGAAGAUAAACAUUUAAGAAAAGUAGAGAAAGACGUUCUCAUACCACAAAAAAUGCGAGAUAGAGCAAAACAAGAAUGCGUGCAAGAAGUUCAUGAGUUCAAUGUAUGUUGUAAAAAUGCUAGUUAUCUUAUGCCAUUUAAAUGUAAGAAAGAAAAUAAAGCAUUAAUAAACUGUUUAUCAAAAUGGUAUAAUGAUCCAAAAUUCAAAGAAGAAUGUACAGAAGAAUAUUUAGCAGAAAGAAGUGAGUAUAGAAGAACUGGUAUUCCUAAAAAAUCAAAAUUAGGAAGAUUUGGAUCUUCAAAUUAAAUUAUAUGAUGAAUAAUAUAUUAAAUAUAUAUUAGUAUUGUUAUUUUUUAUUUAGUAUAAUUAUAAUUGUAAUUGUUUAUUGUAAAUGAAAUGAAGCUAUUAAAAUGCUAUUAAAAUGUUAUAAUUAUAUAAAAAAAAAA